AUGAAAAACGUGCAAACCGUUAUUCUGGUGGGCGGUUUCGGUGAAAGCACGUACGUUCAAGAGAGAAUGAGGAUUGAAAUAGCCGGCGUGAGACUAAUCGUCCCUCCAGACGCGGGCCUGGCCGUGUUAAAAGGUGCCGUCAGGUUUGGACACAAACCCGCAAUUGUCUCCUCCAGGAUCGUGAAAUACACGUAUGGACACGAAGUGUAUGGCAAUUUUGAUGAAAAGAAGCACCCAGAUGAGAAGAAGUUUUGGAAGAAUGGAAAGUGGUGGGUGCCUAAAUGGUUCAAUGUGUUCGUGCGGGCGAACGGUGAAUUGAGAGUUGACCAGCAGGUGACUCGUAGGAGUACUCCUAACAGUGAAAUCUCCUUAACAUACGUCUACAGAUCGACCCAGGAGAAUCCCGAGUUCACAACAGACCCCGGGUGUCAACUACUAGGGACAGUUGAGCUUAAAAAUAGCACCGACAUUCCAUUUCAGCAGCAGGUUAUAGAAACUACGUUUAUGUUCGGGAAUACAGAACUUCUUGUCAAAAUGAAGAACACGACCACUGGAAAAGAAGCCUAUAUGACCUUUGAGUGA